GUUCGAAACUUACAAGCAUGCACGGACGUCGGCCUCAUAGAGCACGUCCUCAAGAGGUUGCGGAGUGCAGAUGUCGUAGUGGCGGAUCUGCUGAUAGAAAUGCUCGGCGUUCUGGCCAGCUACAGCAUAACCGUCAAAGAGUUGAAGCUGCUGUUCGGCGCUAUGAAAGCGGUCAACGGAAAGUGGCCACGCCAUUCAGCUAAACUGUUGAACGUCCUUCGCCAAAUGCCACAAAGGACGGGACCAGACGUUUUCUUUAGCUUCCCAGGACGAAAAGGAUCGGCAGUAGUAUUACCACCUUUAGCGAAGUGGCCAUAUGAAAAUGGAUUCACAUUCACGACGUGGUUUCGUUUAGAUCCCAUAAAUUCUGUAAAUAUAGAAAGGGAGAAACCUUAUUUGUAUUGCUUCAAAACCAGCAAAGGUGUGGGAUACACGGCUCAUUUUGUGGGGAAUUGCCUAGUGCUCACCUCGAUGAAGAUUAAAGGAAAGGGCUUCCAGCACUGCGUCAAAUACGAAUUCCAACCGAGAAAGUGGUACAUGCUGGCCGUCGUGUACAUAUACAACAGGUGGACGAAGAGCGAGAUCAAAUGCCUGGUCAAUGGGCAACUGGCGUCCAGCACCGAAAUGGCCUGGUUCGUUUCCACGAACGACGUUUUCGAUAAAUGCUAUAUAGGAGCAACACCUGAAUUAGACGAAGAAAGAGUGUUUUGUGGACAAAUGUCAGCCAUAUACCUUUUUAGCGAAGCCUUAACCACCCACCAAAUAUGCGCAAUGCAUAGGUUAGGUCCUGGAUACAAAAGUCAGUUCCGAUUCGAUAACGAAUGUAACAUAAAUUUACCUGACAAUCACAAAAGGGUGAGUGACAUUGAGCAAUUAGCUGCUCCUAGCAUGCCUCUGCCUCAGACUGCGUCAGAUGCACGUUCCGUGUUGUACGACGGCAAGCUGUCCAGCGCCAUCGUGUUCAUGUACAAUCCAGUGGCCACCGACACUCAGCUGUGUCUGCAGUCAGCGCCCAGGGGGAAUAUGUCUUACUUUGUCCACACUCCCCAUGCUCUCAUGUUGCAAGAUGUGAAAGCAGUGAUAACACACUCCAUCCAUAGCACGUUAAAUUCUGUCGGCGGGAUCCAGGUGUUGUUUCCCUUGUUUUCACAACUGGAUUUGCCGUACGAAUCUAUGGGUUCGUCGGAUGUGAAGAGGGACCCCACAUUAUGCUCAAAACUGUUAGGAUUUAUCUGCGAACUGGUGGAGACUUCGCAGACAGUGCAGCAGCACAUGAUCCAGAACCGCGGCUUCUUGGUGAUCAGCUUCAUGUUGCAGCGCUCCUCCAGGGACCACCUCACCAUCGACGUGCUAGGCUCGUUCCUGAGCCUAACAAAAUAUCUCGUAACUUGUCUAAGUGCCAAUAGCGAGCUGUUGCUCAAGCAGCUGCUCGACCACGUUCUCUUCAACCCGGCUUUGUGGAUAUACACUCCCGCCGCAGUUCAGACCAGGCUGUACUCUUACCUGGCGACGGAGUUCCUAUCUGACACACAGAUCUACUCCAACGUCAGGAGAGUGUCGACAGUCUUACAGACCGUGCAUACCUUGAAGUACUACUAUUGGGUCAUCAACCCCAGAUCUAAGAGUGGGAUAUCGCCAAAGGGAAUCGUUUUUGUUUUAGAUGGACCCAGACCAGCUCAAAAAGAUAUCCUAGCCAUCCGCUCCUACAUUCUGCUCUUUCUCAAACAACUGAUCAUGAUCGGCAAUGGAGUGAAAGACGACGAGCUACAAAGCAUCUUAAACUACCUCACCACCAUCCACGAGGAUGAUAACCUGCACGACGUUCUCCAGAUGCUUAUCUCGCUCAUGUCCGAGUACCCGUCCUCCAUGGUACCGGCUUUUGAUGCAAAAUAUGGCGUGAGGACGAUAUUCAAAUUAUUGGCUUCGGAAAGCCAGUUGAUUCGACUGCAAGCUUUAAAACUGCUUGGAUUUUUCUUGAGUCGCAGCACUCAUAAGAGGAAAUACGAUGUUAUGAGCCCUCACAAUUUGUAUACUUUGUUAGCCGAGAGGUUGUUGUUGAACGAGGACACUUUAUCGUUGCCUACUUAUAACGUUUUAUACGAGAUUAUGACCGAGCAUAUUAGCCAGCAGAUUUUAUACACUAGACAUCCCGAACCAGAGUCACACUUUAGGCUGGAGAAUCCAAUGAUACUGAAGGUGGUGGCGACUCUCGUGAGGCAAUCUAAGCAAACGGAACAAUUAUUGGACGUCAAGAAAUUAUUCUUAUCGGACAUGACGUUGCUCUGCAACAAUAACAGAGAGAACCGAAGGACGGUGUUACAGAUGUCCGUCUGGCAGGAAUGGCUCAUAGCCAUGGCAUACAUACACCCAAAGAAUACUGAGGAGCAGAAGUUGUCGGAUAUGGUUUAUUCCCUGUUCAGAAUGCUGUUGCACCACGCUAUAAAGUACGAGUACGGGGGAUGGCGGGUGUGGGUCGAUACCUUGGCCAUCGUACAUUCCAAGGUGUCUUAUGAGGAGUUCAAGUUGCAAUUUGCGCAGAUGUACGAACACUACGAAAUGCACAGGGCAGACAACAUAACGGACCCGCUCCUUAGACAACAGCACCCCAUUAGCACGAUAUCCGGCUGGCACGAAGUACCUCAGAACCUCUCCAACGGAUGUCAUCCGGACGGCGAACGGUGGCAGAAUUCCCGGUCGCCGCUCCAAGAGAUCGAAAUGAAUGAGAACGACAAGUCGGAGCAAGUCUGCAGCUGCGACUACAACUCUACCAUGUCAGAAGGCAGCCCUGUGUCUUACGUAGCGAAACACGAUGACAGUGAAGGUGUAUCGUUAGAUUCCAGGACUAGUGAUCUGUUCAGUGACGGUAAAAUAAGCAAGGAGUCACCUUACUCUCAGGAUUCGCCCGCUAAGUCGCAAAUAGUGGAGGACAAUACGGAUAUCGCCACAGAUUCUCCCGUGUGCAACGGGCUGCACAUUGACAGCAGUCCCAGCUUUGGCAGCCCCGCUAAGAUCAGCGAAGAGGCGCAGAAGAGCGAGAUUAUCGAAGAGAUCGUUCAGGAAAUCUUGUCCAAGUCAGAAAAACUGUUGGAGGAGCACGUGGAGAUUUGCUCAGACUCAAAUUCCAGAACGAUAUCGCCCGUCGUGCAGGACCAAGAAAUAGCUCAAGCCGUCAAAGAGGUUGUGAACAACGUGCCCGAAGUUGAUACGUUAAAAACGGGAAAGGCGGAUGAGCCUUCCAGUCCCGUGCAAGAAGUGCCAAGUCCCGAUAGAGAAGUACCCGAUAGCGAUUUGUCUGAAAGGUAUCUGACACCAACAGAAGAAAUAGAGAGGAAGGAUGGCGAAAUAGAGAGCAUGGUGAAGCAGGAAAAAAGUGAGACAGACAAACCGAAAACAAUCGAAAGUGUCCCGGGUGAGAGUGCGGGUGAAGCCACAAUCGCCCACAAGGUGGCGUUCAGGGAGGAGGGACAGGGCGACGUGAACAAUAAAGAAAACAUUAGUGAUAGUGAUACAAUUACGAAAAAAUCCGAAGCUGUGCCAAUUGUCGAAACUAGUGCUGUGUCAGUAGAAUUAGAGCCGUCCAAUAAUGAAUCUAGUCUAGCCGAAAAAAACAUUCAAUCUAGUGAUACCGUUUCUAAAGUAGAAGAAGCAGAGGGCACUGCCUGCGUCAGCAGUGAAGAAGAAGUGCCUCCGGUUGAAAAUAUACCAACGAUUUCACAGUUCUGUGAUCCUAGUCAUUACGAUUCUACUACUAAUACCGCCACGGAUGUUGUUGUUACGAACGUUACUGUCGGCAAGGAUGCCGAAGCCAGUGACAGCCCCGCUGUCCAAAAGUCUACCGAGGUGGCGAAGAGGAGGGUCAGCCUUCCAAGUAACCACUCCGAGGGCCAAACUACUGAAUUCGCUCAGAACGCCAGCGUUCAUCAAGUUUCUCCUCAGAAGAGACCUAGAAGUGCAUCCACUUCGACUCAAGUUGACCCUAAUUUGUUCGAACCCAAGAAUCCUAAACCGGGCGCCUCUUCGAGACCGAUGUUCAGUCCGGGCCCGACCAGGCCCCCCUUCAGGAUACCGGAGUUCAAGUGGUCCUAUAUCCACCAGAGGCUCCUCUCCGACGUGCUCUUCUCCCUAGAGACCGAUAUACAGGUGUGGCGCAGCCACUCCACCAAAUCGGUGCUGGACUUUGUAAAUAGCAGCGACAACGCUAUUUUCGUUGUAAAUACCGUUCACCUUAUAUCCCAAUUGGCGGAUAACCUCAUUAUCGCCUGUGGGGGACUGUUACCGUUACUCGCUUCAGCUACCUCACCGAAUAGCGAACUAGAUGUAAUAGAGCCAACGCAGGGAAUGCCCAUAGAAGUAGCCGUCAGUUUCCUACAGAGACUCGUUAAUAUGGCGGACGUUUUGAUUUUCGCCAGCUCAUUGAAUUUCGCCGAAUUAGAAGUGGAGAAAAAUAUGUCCAACGGUGGCAUCCUCAGGCAGUGUCUAAGAUUGGUGUGCACUUGCGCGGUUCGCAACUGUUUGGAGUGCAAAGAGAGAAGCCGGCCGCACCACACUAUUGCACCAUCCUCACUAAACGCUAGUCACAAGGCGGCGCACUUGCAGUCGUUCAUAAGAGGUGUCCAGAACUCUCCCAAGAACAUAGCUGACAACCUAUCCAACAACUCGAGCCCGGUGAAGGACCCGGAGAAGCUCCUCCAAGACAUGGACGUCAACCGACUGCGGGCAGUAAUAUACAGAGAUGUGGAAGAGACCAAGCAAGCCCAGUUUCUGUCCCUCGCCAUCGUCUAUUUCAUUUCCGUGCUCAUGGUGUCCAAGUACCGGGACAUCCUCGAGCCUCCCGUGUCGAUACGAGUGCCUAGUCCCGUGCCUGCCAUCAGGACCAGCGGUAGUUCCUCCCACCAUUCGGGAAGUCCUCAAGCCACGAGGUCGAUCCAGAAUCAGACUCAAGAAGAUAACGACUACGACAUUAUCACCGCAUACGUAGAAGAAGCUAACUCGAUUCACCAAGAGAACGAGCUGCACUCUGGGCCCCCGUCUAUAAAGAGUACAGAUUCCAUCGAGGAGGUGAAUUCCGUCAACUCCGCCGAGACCAACAACCUCGGCUCAAAUAACGAAAUCCCCCUUGACGAUAACGAGAAGGUCCUCAGCACUGAUGAAAAUUGGACUGACAUAAACCUUAACGAAGAGGGUGAUAUCAAGGAGGAAGUUAGAAACUUGCAAAAUAUGUCCCACUCUCACUCUGGUGUCGUCGAUAUGGAAGGGAACAUCCACUCGGAAAGGGGAGAGAAACACCACCCAGAAAUAUCCGUAGUGCGAGUACCGGAUGGCGUUUUACAUGCCCCGACGCAAAUGAGACCCGAUGAUUUACCAGUGAAUAAUUUGGUGGAUCAUAUCUCUCUCCCCACACCUUCUAGAGAGGCUUCCUUGACACAGAAACUAGAAAUGGCCCUCGGAUCGGUCUGUCCACUUCUUAGAGAGAUAAUGGUGGAUUUCGCUCCAUUCCUAUCUAAAACCUUAGUUGGGUCUCACGGUCAAGAACUGCUAAUGGAAGGAAAGGGCCUUACCACUUUCAAGAACAGCAAUUCCGUUGUGGAGUUGGUAAUGCUGCUGUGUUCGCAGGAAUGGCAGAACUCGUUGCAGAAACACGCAGGUCUCGCAUUCAUCGAAUUAAUAAACGAGGGACGAUUGUUGUCGCAUGCGAUGAAAGACCAUAUUGUGAGAGUUGCGAAUGAAGCUGAGUUUAUUUUGAACAGGAUGAGGGCGGACGAUGUUGUGAAACAUGCUGAUUUUGAGUCGCAAUGUGCCCAAACCUUAGUAGACCGCAAGGAGGAAGAAAGAAUGUGCGACCACCUGAUCACUUCGGCUAGAAGACGCGACAACGUCACCGCGAGCAGGCUUUUAGAGAAAGUUAGGAACAUAAUGUCGAAUAAACACGGAGCUUGGGGUUACAUGGACCCCAUGGAAUCCAAACUGAACGAAUUCUGGAAGUUAGACGCGUGGGAGGACGACGCGAGGAGAAGGAAACGUUUCGUUCACAAUCCCCUUGGCACCACCCACCCCGAAGCUAGUCUAAAAGCGGCUAUCGAGCACGGAGCUCCCGAAGAUGCCAUUCUUCAGGCGAGGGAAGAGUUCCACGCACAUCUGGCGGCAACGAGAGGUCAACUGCAGAUGCAGAGCGACCUCAUGGAUGACAGUGAACUUUUGACAGAUGAUAGGGAAUUAGAUAAUGACCUUAGUGGUCCUGUAAAUAUAAGUACGAAAGCAAAGUUAGUCGCUCCGGGGAUAGUUGCACCGGGAAUGGUUUCUAUUACGUCUGCCGAGCUUUACUUUGAAGUUGACGAGGAUGAGGAGGAGUUCAAGAGGAUCGACAGUGAGAUAUUGAAGUAUUGCGACCAUCUACAUGGAAAAUGGUAUUUCUCAGAGGUUAGAGCAAUCUUUUCCAGACGUUACCUAUUACAGAAUAAUGCCAUCGAAAUUUUCCUGGCGAGCAGAACUUCCAUCAUGUUCGCUUUUCCCGACCAAGCCACCGUGAAGAAGGUGAUCAAGGCCCUGCCUAGGGUGGGUGUCGGUAUCAAAUACGGUAUCCCCCAGACCAGAAGGGCAAGUAUGAUGUCCCCCAGACAACUCAUGAGGAACUCCAAUAUGACGCAGAAAUGGCAGAGGAGGGAGAUCUCCAAUUUCGAGUAUCUGAUGUUCCUCAACACCAUAGCAGGUCGGACCUACAAUGACCUGAACCAGUACCCAGUUUUCCCUUGGGUACUGACCAACUACGACUCCAAAGAUUUAGAUCUCAGCCAACCUAGCAAUUAUAGAGAUCUCUCUAAGCCCAUAGGCGCCCUAAAUCCCAGCAGGAGAGCCUACUUCGAAGAGAGAUACUCCACUUGGGAACACGAAAGUAUCCCGCCCUUCCAUUAUGGCACCCAUUACUCCACCUCCGCGUUCGUCUUCAACUGGCUGAUAAGAAUAGAACCUUUCACGACGAUGUUCUUGGCCCUGCAAGGUGGUAAAUUUGACUAUCCAAACAGGCUCUUCUCUUCGGUGUCCUUAUCCUGGAAGAACUGUCAAAGAGACACCUCGGACGUAAAAGAACUGAUCCCCGAGUUCUACUUCCUCCCGGAAAUGUUCGUCAACGCUAACCGGUACAGACUGGGCUUGAACGAAGAUGGGAAACCCAUAGGAGACGUAGACCUUCCUCCUUGGGCUAGUUCCCCAGAAGAAUUCGUGAGGAUUAACAGGAUGGCCCUGGAAUCCGAAUUCGUGUCCUGCCAGCUGCAUCAGUGGAUAGAUUUGAUUUUUGGCUACAAGCAAAAGGGUCCCGAGGCGAUAAGGGCCACGAAUUGCUUCUAUUAUUUGACUUAUGAGGGUAGCGUCGACUUGGAUUCCAUUCAAGACAAACUGAUGCGCGAGGCCAUCGAAAACCAGAUCAGGAACUUCGGUCAAACUCCAUCACAGUUGUUGAUGGAGCCUCAUCCUCCCAGAAGCUCAGCAAUGCAUUUGUCUCCGAUGAUGUUCGCCAGCAUACCUGAUGACGUCUGUAUGACCAUGAAAUUUCUAUCUAACAGUCCCAUCGUUCACAUUUCUGCCAAUACUUACCCUCAACUGCCAAAUCCAUCUGUAGUAACAGUAACGAUGCACCAACAAUUCGCUGUAAAUAAAUGGAACUCUACAUACGCAGCCGUAGCGCAAUCACCUAUUUAUGCUGAAACAACGCAGACAGCCACUUCUAAUUUGCCACUGUCUAUGGAUGCUGUUCUUUCUCAAACCAACAACAGCAGUGCUCAAAACCAGAUGCAGAGGCGACACCUGGGCGACAACUUCAGCCAAAACCUGAAGAUCCGCUCCAACUGCUUUGUGACUACCGUGGACAGCAAAUUCCUUAUAUCCUGCGGCUUUUGGGACAACAGCUUUAGGGUUUUCUCCACCGAAACCGCCAAGAUAGUUCAGAUCAUCUUCGGGCAUUACGGAGUGGUCACCUGUCUGUCCAGAUCCGAGUGCAACAUAACCUCCGAUUGCUACAUAGCGUCCGGUUCCGCGGAUUGUACCGUUUUGCUGUGGCACUGGAAUGCUAGGACUCAGACUAUUGUUGGUGAAGGAGAAGUGCCGACACCUAGAGCUACCCUAACAGGACACGAACAGCCUGUCUCGAGUGUGGUUAUCUCUGCUGAAUUAGGACUGGUUGUGUCUGGAUCAUACAAUGGUCCCGUAUUGGUACACACGACGUUCGGAGAUCUGCUGAGAUCGCUGGACCCACCCAACGGAUUCAAUUCCCCUGAAAACAUAGCAAUGUCUCGGGAAGGUGUGAUCGUAGUGAACUACGAGAAGGGAAAUAUCGCAGCGUUCACAAUAAACGGGAAACGUCUCAGACAUGAGUCCCACAAUGAUAAUUUACAGUGCCUAUUACUUAGUCGGGAUGGCGAGUACUUGAUGACGGGCGGCGACAAGGGCAUCGUGGAAGUAUGGAGGACGUUCAAUUUAGCUUUGUUAUAUGCCUUUCCAGCGUGUGAUAGUAGCGUUAGGUCUCUUGCGUUAUCACAUGAUCAAAAGUUCUUACUAGCAGGGCUAGCCCUAGGAUCGAUAGUCGUUUUCCACAUUGAUUUCAAUAGAUGGCACCACGAGUUCCAGCAACGUUACUAGAAACCACUUCGAGGGGGGUAAAUUUCGUUCCGCUUCUAACUUAAAUAAAAAAAAAACUAGUACUUAAUUACCUAUUGUACUUAAUUGUUCAUAUAUUUUAUGGUUUUUAUGGUGUUUACUUAAUCCUUAAUGUUAAUGAUUGAUUUUUGUUGUGCAAUAAUUUUAUGACCGAUAACGGGGCGUGGAGCCUCGAGUUCCACCCCUUUACCUUGUUCGGGUAGGUGUAGAUACGUCUCAGUUCUUAUUGCGUUAUUAGUGAAAGUAUUUUACAUUACGGAUUUUAAAUAUUGCGGUAAUGUUUGACAUUUUUCAGAUAGUGUAUAUUAUUAUUAUAACCUUGUUUUUGUAGCUUGUAACGAGUAUGUAUUAAGGGUUGGGCGCCCGCUCUCUUGUCAUUUUGACAGGAAUUGCUCUGUAUUUUAAACGAUUCAUCUCCACGGUUAAUCGUAAAGGACGUGAAGGGAUGUCCUUGAAAUUGGAAGAAAUAAAAUUUUCCACGUUAAUCCUCUUUGAGCUUUUUUGUAUCGUUAUCGUUUUAAUUCUCAGAACGUUUUAUCCAAAGGACUAAAAUUCCUUCAAUCUUUUUUGACAAUUUUUGGUACAAACUUUUAGAAAUAAUUUUGGAUACAUUACUCUGUUUUUGGUUAAAAUUAUAUGUACAGAGUGUUUCAAUGUAAAACUCCCCUGGUCGAUAUCUCGUAAACACAGUUAAAUUCUAUAAAAAAUGUUGUGUGUUGCACGUAGGUGACGAUUCUGAAUAUAAAUGAUAUUUUCUCGAAUACGGGAACUUUGGAAACUGAUGGUCCACUUGAAAAACUAGAACAUCGAAAGUACGAUACUUACAUGUUUUGCUCAGUGUUGCCAACCAUAGUGGAAAUCCGCAGUCUAUAGUGGACUUCAGGUCUGAUUCAAAAUGUAGUGACAUUUCCACUUCAUGAAACACUUUUAGUCAUGUUUAAUUUUGUUUUCAACACAUUUUUUGUGCAAAAAUGAUAAAAGUUUAUCAAAUUUAUUCAAUUUAUUCCAAAACAUUUUUUUGUUUUGAUUAUAUGUUGUUGUUGUUAAUUUUUAUAAUGCCCUAAUGACUUUUCAUAAUUUAUGGUUGGCAGUACUGGCUCCGGAGCAUAUUUAAUUGUUUUUAGAAAAUUUAUGGGAAUUUUUUAAUGGAGAUUGCCGACAUUUUCCGACACAAUAUUAUUUAAAUUUGUACACUACUCAUAUAAACAAUUUUGACAAAACAUCCAGUGUCCCAAAUAUUCAAAUUUGUAAGUACUUUUUCACAAAAGUGAUUAUAACUUUUCCAAAGUUUAUUUUGGGUUAUUAUUGGUGCUUUGGAACUUAAAAAAAAUCCUUUUAGGAUUAAAUAUGUUUGUAAAAAUGUUUGUAUUGCAAUAGUUGCUCAUAAUUUAAUGAUUUUUCCAAAAUCGAAAAAUUAUUUUCGAUCCAACCACUAUUUAUACCACUAUAAAGAAAAUGCCAUCUGUACUCGAAAUUGAAGCAAUUUAUGUGCACUACACAGCAAUUUUUACAAAACAUCUCUUGGUUUUUGAAAUAUACUGAUUGAAGAAGUAUUGAAGAAAUUAACGAGGUUUUUAUGGUGGAUUUUAUUAAUUCAAACAUUUAUUUUAUGUAGGCGGAAUCAGCUUAGAAAUAUAGUCAUUGGUGUUUCGGCCAUAUCUUUGCAGCCAUCUUCAGGAUUCGAUGGCGUUUUGUGAUUUACAGUACCAUGUAAUACAGUUUGAAUAAGUCUGUAGCAAAAAAUGAACCUGAGAGCGCGCGCCCAAAGGUAAAAGUCAAUCUUCUGCUGGCUUUUUCGAUAAUGUAAGUUUCUAAGCACUGUAGUGUUGCUUACGGCUUGCACAUCCGACGCCAGCAAUUGUUAAGGCCAUUCGGCGCACUUUUUCGACACGGUAUGCGCAACGUCCGCCGAGAUGCAGCGCAUACGGUGUUCUAAAAAACAUUCCCUCCAGCAAAAAUGUAUUGUAAUAUAUUGCAAAUCUGUCCAGAAAAAUCAAACUUAUUGUAUAUAAGUAAGAUUGUUUUCUUUUUUUAUGAAACGCUAUUAAGUGAUGUGUAUUUGAAAUGAUUACUUAUUAUUUUAUUACUUACGGAAGAAUUGUACUUAACUGUAAGAAAUACUGUAUGUUUGAUGUUAGCAAUAAUGUUACAUUCAUGAUUUGUAUACACGAUAAAAUAUGAAAUAAAUGUGUUUUGUUCA